AUGUGGGCGCUGCCGGUGUUGCGCACGCGCAGCUACCUCGGCGCGGUCGAGUUCCACGCUCACGCUGCGUCGUCCAGCUCGCUUAGCCCGUGUGACCUUUACUCGGUGAACUUAGGAAGCGUCGUUCAGUGUAAAACGUUCAUUAGGCCCCCUCAACCCGCACUGUCGUGGUCUUCGAGCGCACCAAACACAGCAAGAGAG